AUGAGCCCCAGCAUCUUCCUGUGGCUGUGUGUCUUGCUGAUUCUGUUGGAAGAUGGACCCCAGAGCGCCAGGGCCUCUGCGUGUCUCCAGAAGUGCCCUCCAAACUCCACAUGUGUCAGUGGUACUGCCUGUCACUGUAACACAGGAUUCAAACCUCCACAGGGAAAGACUGAAGUCAGCCGAGCGGAUAUUUGUGAAGACAUUAACGAAUGUGAUCAACCCAAAAAAGAAACCUGUGGAAUCGCUGCAGACUGCCAUAACACGAAGGGGAGCUUCUAUUGCAAAUGCAGCCCAGGAUACAGGCUUCUUUCUGGGGGAGUAAAGUUCCGUAAUGUGAGUGAGAACACGUGUCAAGACAUGGACGAAUGUCAGCUGAACACCAAAAUCUGCAAAAGUCGCAGCACCUGUGUCAACACCCCUGGCAGCUACACCUGCACGUGCCUGCCAGGAUUUGAGCUGAACCCGGAGGACUCGGAGCUGUGCAGAGAUGUGAAUGAAUGCACCUCUGGGCAAAAACCCUGCCACAAAACCGCUCACUGCAUCAACAAAGUGGCUAGCUAUCAGUGCCGCUGCCGCCGUGGCUGGAAGCCAGUUCCUGGGUCCCCCAAUGGCCCAAACAACACCGUCUGUGAAGAUGUGGAUGAAUGCACCUCUGGGCAGAACGCCUGCCACCCAUCCACCCAAUGUCUCAACACCCAGGGCAGCUAUGAGUGCCGCUGCCGCCCUGGCUGGAAGCCGGUUCCUGGGUCCCCCAAUGGCCCAAACAACACCGUCUGUGAAGAGAUUCCUUUCCCCAAAACCCCCUUCCCCACCUGGACCCUGCCCCAUGGAAUCAAGAGCCAGACUCUCUCCAACUUCUUUGAAAAAGUCCAGGAACUGGGUCGAGACUUCAAGCCUGCUUCCGCCCACGAUACCAUCCAGGAUCUCAUACAGGAGGUGGAUGACUUGCUGGAGAGCCCAGGGGACCUGGAGACCUGGCCCCACUCAGAUCAGAACUAUGUGGCCACUAACCUGCUCCUCAACAUGGAACAUGUCGUCAAAAAGAUGAGCAAGGCCCCAUCCAAUGAAUCGCUGAUCUUUAAAGCAACCGGAGGCACAGAACUGUCUUUGAAGAUAAAGAAACAAGGAGACAGGAAGAUCACCUUGAGUGUUAAACAGGCAAAGAUGAUACUGGAUUGGGAUGCAGUACAGGAAUCUGGUGAUUCAGGUCUGUCUACGGUGGGCCUUUUGUCCACCCCAGGAAUGAGCAAGUUGAUGGCUGAAGCCCCCCUAGUUCUACAAGCUGAGGAGCAGCAAGUUCUUCAUGAGACACACAAGGGCCUGUUGCAGGAAGUCUCCCCCGUCUUGCUCUCAGAUGUCAUCUCUGUCUUUGUGAGCAAUAAUAACACCCAGAACCUAAGUUCCCCUGUCACCUUCAUCUUCAAACAUGCAGUGGCCCCAGAGCCACAACAGAAGCUUUUCUGUGUCUUCUGGGAGUCUGGCCAGAAUGGAAGUCAUUGGUCCACCAAAGGCUGCUGGAGGGUGGGCACCAGAGAUGCCAGCACCACCUGCCAAUGCAGCCACCUCAGCAGCUUUGCCGUCCUCAUGGCCCACUAUGAUGUGCAGAAGGAGGAUCCUGCCCUGGCUGUGAUUACCUCCCUGGGGCUGAGCCUCUCUCUGCUGUGCCUCCUCCUGGCGGCCCUCACCUUCCUGCUGUGCAAAGCCAUCCAGAACACCAGCACCUCACUCCAACUGCAGCUCUCGCUCUGCCUCUUCCUGGCCCACCUGCUCUUCCUCACAGCCAUCGACAAAACAGAGAACAAGGUACUGUGCGCGGUCAUCGCGGGUGCCUUACACUAUCUCUACCUGGCCUCCUUCACCUGGAUGCUGCUGGAAGGCCUGCACCUCUUCCUCACCGCUCGCAACCUGACGGUGGUCAACUACUCCAACGUGAGCAGGUUCAUGAAGAAGUUCAUGCUUCCUGUGGGCUACGGAGCCCCGGCUGUGAUUGUGGUCAUUUCCACGGCUUCCAGGCCUCACCUUUAUGGGACACCUGCCCGAUGCUGGCUCAGCACACAAAAGGGAUUUAUAUGGACCUUUCUUGGCCCCGUCUGCAUCGUCUUCUCUAUUAACUUGGUCUUCUUUCUGAUGACGAUCUGGAUUCUGAAAACCAAGCUCUCCUCACUCAACAGGGAUGUGUCCACCCUCCAGAACACGAGGAUGCUGACAUUUAAAGCGAUGGCUCAGCUCUUCAUCUUGGGCUGCACGUGGUGUCUGGGAAUCCUGCAGGUGGGUCCAGCUGCUCGUGCUAUGUCCUAUCUCUUCACCAUCAUCAACAGCCUGCAGGGCGUCUUCAUCUUCCUGGUGUACUGCCUCCUCAGCCAGCAGGUACUAUUGUCUGCUUCCAUCCAGGAUUUUCCACUCUCAGUCCUCUCAGUGAGCUGA